CCAGUGGCCUGCCGGUUCAGACGAGAUAGCCUCGGAAGCCGCUGCUUGGCUCUCAGCUGCACGUUCAAGAUUCAGUGUAGCGGGACUUCCGAGAGCCGCCAGUGUUCCAAGAAAAGCUGCCCGGGGCUGGAAGGCGCCCUUCGGCCCCGGAACCUUUGGUUCCCGACCGUGGGCCGCGCCGGCAACGACAGGGGCCUUCCGGGGAGAGGAGUGGGCGCGCGACGAUGGCGGCGCCGGCCCUGAAGCACUGGCGCACUACGCUGGAGCGGGUGGAGAAAUUCGUGUCGCCGCUCUACUUUACCGACUGUAACCUCCAUGGCAGGCUCUUCGGGGACAGCUGCCCGGUGGCCGCGCUCUCCAGCUUCCAGACGCCCGAGAGGCUACCGUACCAGGAGGCGGUCCGGCAGGAGUUCCGCCCAGCGCAGAUCGGCGACAGCUUUGGACCCACAUGGUGGACCUGUUGGUUUCGGGUGGAGCUGACCAUUCCGGAGGCAUGGGUGGGUCAGGAAGUUCACCUUCGCUGGGAAAGUGAUGGAGAAGGCCUGGUGUGGAGAGAUGGAGAGCCUGUCCAGGGUUUGACCAAAGAGGGAGAGAAGACCAGCUAUGUCCUGACUGACAGGCUGGAAGAAGGAGACCCCCGGAGCCUGACCCUCUACGUGGAAGUAGCCUGCAAUGGGCUCCUGGGGGCCGGGAAAGGAAGCAUGAUCGCAGCCCCUGACCCAGAGAAGAUGUUCCAGGUGAGCCGGGCUGAGCUGGCUGUGUUCCGCCGGGAUGUCCACAGGCUCCUGGUGGAUCUAGAGCUGCUACUGGGCAUAGCCAAGGGCCUUGGGGAGGACAACCAGCGCAGCUUCCAGGCCCUGUACACAGCCAACCAGAUGGUGAACGUGUGUGACCCUGCCCAGCCUGAGACCUUCCCAGUGGCGCAGGCCCUGGCCUCCAGGUUCUUUGGCCAACGUGGAGGAGAAAGUCAACAUACCAUCCAUGCCAUGGGGCAUUGCCACAUUGAUACAGCCUGGCUUUGGCCCUUCAAGGAGACUGUGCGAAAAUGUGCCCGGAGCUGGGUGACAGCUGUGCAGCUCAUGGAGCAGAACCCUGAAUUCAUCUUUGCCUGCUCCCAGGCGCAGCAGCUCGAGUGGGUAAAGAGCCACUAUCCUGGCCUGCAUGCCCGACUCCAGGAGUUCGCCUGCCGCGGGCAGUUUGUGCCUGUGGGGGGCACCUGGGUGGAGAUGGAUGGGAACCUUCCCAGUGGAGAGGCCAUGGUGAGGCAGUUCCUACAGGGCCAGAACUUCUUCCUGCAGGAGUUUGGGAAAAUGUGCUCUGAGUUCUGGCUGCCAGACACGUUUGGCUACUCGGCACAGCUCCCCCAGAUCAUGCGCAGCUGUGGCAUCCGGCACUUCCUGACCCAAAAACUGAGCUGGAACUUGGUGAACUCCUUCCCGCACCAUACUUUUUUCUGGGAGGGGCUGGAUGGCUCCCGUGUGCUGGCCCACUUCCCACCUGGCGACUCAUAUGGGAUGCAGGGCAGUGUGGAGGAGGUGCUGAAGACCGUGGUCAAAAACAGGGACAAGGGGCGGACCAACCACAGUGCCUUCCUCUUCGGCUUUGGGGAUGGGGGUGGUGGCCCCACCCAGAUGAUGGUGGACCGCUUGAAGCGGCUGCACAACACAGAUGGGCUGCCCAGGGUGCAGCUGUCUUCUCCGGGGAGACUCUUCUCGGCACUGGAGACCGACUCAGGGCAGCUGUGCACAUGGGUUGGGGAGCUCUUUCUGGAGUUACAUAAUGGCACCUACACCACCCAUGCCCAGAUCAAGAAGGGAAACCGGGAGUGUGAGCGGAUCCUGCAUGACGUGGAGCUGCUCAGCAGCCUGGCCGUGGCCCGCAGCGCCCAGUUCCUGUACCCGGCAGCCCAGCUGCAGGACCUCUGGAGGCUCCUGCUCCUGAACCAGUUCCAUGAUGUGGUGACCGGCAGCUGCAUCGAGCUGGUGGCAGAGGAAGCCAUGUGCCACUAUGAAGACAUCCGUGCCCAUGGCAACACACUGCUCAGUGCUGCAGCCACAGCCCUGUGUGCUGGGGAGCCAGGUCCUGAGGGCCUCCUCAUUGUCAACACGCUGCCUUGGAAGCGCACUGAAGUGUUGGCCCUGCCCAGGCCUGGUGGGGCCCACAGCCUAGCCCUGGUGACAGUGCCCAGCAUGGGCUAUGCUCCUGCCCCCACCUCAUUGCAGCCCCUGCCGCCCCAGCAGCCCGUGUUUGUAGUGCAAGAGACUGACGGUUCUGUGACUCUGGACAACGGCAUCAUCCGGGUGAGGCUGGACCCAACCGGCUGCCUGACGUCCCUGGUGCUGGUGGCCUCUGGCAGGGAAGCCAUUGCUGAGGGCACCGUGGGGAAUCAGUUUGUGCUGUUCGAUGAUGUCCCCCUGUACUGGGAUGCAUGGGAUGUCAUGGACUACCAUUUGGAGACACGGAAGCCAGUGCGGGGCCAGGCAGGGACCUUGGCAGUGGGCAUCGAGGGUGGCAUGCGGGGCAGUGCCUGGUUCCUGCUGCAGAUCGGCCCCAACAGUCGGCUCAGCCAGGAGGUUGUGCUGGAUGUUGGCUGCCCCUACGUCCGCUUCCACACCGAGGUGCACUGGCACGAGGCCCACAAGUUCCUGAAGGUGGAGUUCCCCGCCCGUGUGCGGAGCCCCCAGGCCACCUAUGAGGUCCAGUUCGGGCAUCUGCAGCGGCCCACCCACCACAACACCUCCUGGGACUGGGCUCGAUUUGAGGUGUGGGCCCACCGCUGGAUGGAUCUGUCGGAGCACGGCUUCGGGCUGGCCCUGCUCAAUGACUGCAAGUAUGGCGCCUCAGUCCGAGGCAACGUCCUCAGCCUCUCACUGCUCAUUCCAGGACGCUGGCGUUAUCCCCGCUGCCUACAGCCUCAACUUCCCCCUGUUGGCGCUGCCUGCCCCGGGCCCGGCACCCGCUGCCGCCUGGAGCGCCUUCUCGGUGUCCUCGCCUGCGGUAGUGUUGGAGACGGUCAAACAGGCGGAGACCAGCCCCCAGGGCCGCUCGCUGGUCCUCCGGCUGUACGAGGCCCACGGCAGCCACGUCGACUGCUGGCUGCACACGUCGCUGCCGGUUCAGGAGGCCGUCCUCUGCGACCUCCUGGAGCGGCGCGACCCCGCUGGCCACCUGCCCCUUCAGGACGACCGCCUGAAGCUCACCUUUUCUCCCUUCCAAGUGCAGUCCCUGUUGCUGGUGCUGCAACCCCCACCAAACUGAGCCUCUUGAGGGUGGGGUUUUGUUUGUGGAAGGCCUGGGGGGGCGGUGCUCACUUCCACCUCCCCAGCCUGAUUCAUCACCUCUUGAACAAUAAACCCUUGACUCAGGAACCCUGCUAUAGUCCCUGCACUCCCAAAGGGCCUAUCCCCAGACUCCCAAGGGAGGAAGACUUUUCCCCAGGCAUUUGGGGGCAAGGGCAAGAUCUACAGGGUCUGGGUUGCAGCCCCUGGGAGAGAUUUGGGAUUUCAGUGGCCACAGGGUGGCUAGGGGAUCUGUGAGAAGAAGUUCCUCCCCUGGGGAGGAAGCCAGGGCUUCUGAUGAGCCACCCACUAGGAGAGGAGCACUGACCAAUGUCAGUGCUGGGAAUUCUGGACUGGAGGGCCUGCUGAGGGCCGGGAUCUCUGUGCUACCUCUGACAGGUUGUACCUGCAGAGGCAGACUAUUGCGUGAGGGCCAGGGCCCUGAGGACGGGGAUGGGGCUCAGUCUGCCUUGCCCCAGUGGCUCUCCUGUCUCCAGGGUCAGGCAGCAGGUCCUCCCAACUUGGCCUUCUGCAGCCAGCCCAAGAAGUGCCAAGAAGCUCAAGUUUAUUAGUUUAUAAAAAAAUUACAGUAUCUUUCACAUGGGCUUAAAAAAUGGGGAAGGUGGGGUACAGUAAAACAUCAUAGCUGUGCAGGGAACAGCCACAGGGGCAUCCAGGCACCUUCAGCUCCA